GUGCACCCACCUCCAACUUCACAGGCGGUCUCAGCCCGCAUCACAAACACCCUCAGCUUCCAGCAGGCCUUCAGGUGCCCCUCUGAGCUCUACCCAAGAAGAGCCCUCCCAAGGAUGCACACAGUGACACACGGUGACAGGCUUCCUCCUCCCCUGACAGCUAGCUCCUCGGUCCCUAACAACACCAGCUGCCUCUUCGGGCUCAUUCGUGUUGAAAAAACGGGACGGGGUGGGGGCAGGACACCAACCGCUUCUCCAAUGAAGCCCGCUCCCCGCCGUCCUCCUCGCCCCCUCCUUCUCCGCUCCUUCCUUGCCCCUCCUCCGCCAAGUCCCCGCGGUCCAGUUUCCCCGCCCCACCCUCGCCACCCCCGACCCCAAGACUGGCCAGCGGCUCCCUAACCCCGGGCUCGCAGGCGGAUGACCCCGGGAGGCGGGAGCCUCGAGGGGCCGCAGACCAGCGCGCCGCGGGCUGAGCUGGGGAGGCCCGGCUGCGGAGGGGGAGGAGGCCUGGAGGGAGGGAGCGAACGAAGGAGGAGGGCUGGCGAGCUGGAGCCGGCAGGCGGCGGGAGCCCGGGCGAGCCUCGUCGGGAGUGCGUCUCCCCGGCAGAGCGGAGCGCGGCCGGAGUGUACUCCCCAGGUCUCGGUGAACGGUGUCGCUAAGAUCAGGACCCUCCUCCUCCUCCUCCCCAUCAGGGGGAAACUGAGGCUCUGGGCCAGAGGAGGAGACCCGAGGUCUACCUAGUGAGGACAGCCAGCCUAUGGAAGCUUAUCUAGGUGACUGAGCUCCACCCCUCCGCACUGACUGGUCAAGACUCACUGGAGACAGAGGCCUGGAAGUCCCAGCAUGGGAAUCAGAGGUCUCUAGCCAGCUUCAUAGAUGGCAAAGCAGCAAGCUUGCCUCCCCCAUCAAUUACGGGGAUAACUAAGAAAAAGCCCCACCCAAUAUGGAGGCUGAGGACCACCACCUCUACUGAUUCUCUGCCUUCUCCCCUGCCCUGCCCACGGGGCUUAGCUGAGUCAGUCAUGCAAUGCUGAACAGUAAGGAAGACGUGGGGUCAGCUUGCCUGGCUGCAGGGCAGGGAUCGUGGGCAGCAUGGGGGUGUGUGUGAGCGGGGCUCCAGGGUGAGACCUAGCCCCCGCCCCCGGGAGUUCCAGGGGGUGGGGGUGGGGCCGAGGAUAGGAUGGCUCGGGGUGGGCUGGGGGCAGAAGAGGCCUCCCUCCGAUCCAACGCCUUGUCCUGGCUGGCCUGUGGGCUCCUGGCCCUGCUGGCCAACGCCUGGAUCAUCCUUAGCAUCUCAGCCAAACAGCAGAAGCACAAGCCCCUGGAGUUGCUGCUCUGCUUCCUGGCGGGCACACACAUACUCAUGGCGGCCGUGCCCCUCACCACCUUUGCUGUGGUGCAGCUCCGGCGCCAGGCUUCCUCCGACUAUGACUGGAACGAGAGCAUCUGCAAGGUCUUUGUGUCCACCUACUACACGCUGGCCCUGGCCACCUGCUUCACCGUCGCCUCGCUCUCCUACCAUCGCAUGUGGAUGGUGCGCUGGCCUGUCAACUACCGCCUCAGCAACGCCAAGAAGCAGGCGCUGCAUGCCGUCAUGGGCAUCUGGAUGGUCAGCUUCAUCCUUUCCACGCUGCCCUCCAUAGGCUGGCAUAACAAUGGGGAGCGCUACUACGCCCGAGGCUGCCAGUUCAUAGUCUCCAAGAUCGGCCUCGGCUUCGGUGUCUGCUUCAGCCUCUUGCUUCUUGGGGGCAUUGUCAUGGGGUUGGUCUGCGUGGCCAUCACUUUCUAUCAGACACUGUGGGCCCGGCCCCGGAGGGCUCGGCAGGCCCGCAAGGCUGGGGCCAGUGUGGGAGCCAAAGUGGGGGGGCUGGGGGGCUUGGGUACACGACCAGCUUUCGAGGUGCCGGCCAUUGUGGUGGAGGACACUCGAGGGAAGCGGCGGUCCUCGUUGGAUGGCUCUGAAUCUGCCAAGACAUCUUUGCAGGUCACCAACUUGGUCAGCGCUAUCGUCUUUCUCUAUGACUCCCUCACAGGGGUGCCCAUCCUGGUGGUGAGCUUCUUCUCCUUGAAGUCAGACUCGGCUCCGCCAUGGAUGGUGCUGGCCGUGCUGUGGUGCUCCAUGGCACAGACUCUGCUCCUGCCCUCCUUCAUCUGGUCCUGCGAGCGCUACCGUGCAGAUGUGCGCACAGUGUGGGAGCAGUGCGUGGCUAUCAUGUCCGAGGACGACGGCGACGAUGAUGGAGCCUGUGACGACUACACAGACGGUCGAGUGUGCAAAAUUCGUUUUGAUGCUAAUGGGGCCACAGGGUCAGGGGGUCGGGACCCCACCCAGGUCAAACUGCUGCCUGGCCGGCACAUGCUAUUUCCGCCUCUUGAGAGAGUACACUAUUUACAGGUCCCCCUGUCCCGCCGAUUGUCCCACGAUGAGACCAACAUCUUCUCCACUCCUCGGGCACCAGGCUCCUUCCUGCACAAAUGGUCAUCUUCCGAUGACAUCCGGAUCCUCCCAGCCCAGAGCCGAGCCCUCGGGGGCCCUCCCGAAUACCUGGGACAGAGACACAGGCUGGAGGAUGAGGAGGGUGAGGAAGAGGCCGAAGGCGGGGGCUUAGCCAGCCUUCGCCAGUUCCUAGAAAGUGGGGUUCUGGGGUCAGGUGGGGGACCCCCACGAGGUCCUGGCUUCUUCCGGGAGGAGAUCACCACCUUCAUCGAUGAGACACCUCUGCCUUCUCCAACGGCCUCGCCGGGACCCUCUCCUCGUAGGCCCAGGCCACUGGGUUUUUCGCCUCGACGCCUCUCCCUUGGGUCUCCUGAUAGCAGAGCUGUUGGACUUCCUUUGGGGCUGAGUGCAGGGAGACGCUGUUCUCUGACCGGGAGCGAGGGGAAUUCAAGGGCUUGGGGAAGACCCUGGGGCCCAGGCAACCCCAUCUUCCCCCAGCUGACCCUGUGAGGCCACAUGGGCCUGCUUAACUCAGAGGAGGGGGCGCGGGUGAGGACUCCUCAUUCUGGCCCUGAGCCUAUGGCAGCUGCCUCCAGGGAGAUGGGCGCUAGAUCUGGAUUCUAGAGCCCCAGCUCUCUCCCAUCCAAGUGACCAGACACCCUACUCACCCAUCUUUACCCCUAGCAAAACGUAUUAAAGGUUGAAGUAUUGCCAUCGAAA